AUGAAACAAAUGAAAAUCAUCAGAGCACCGCUGAGGGCAACACCGGUCCCCGUACCAACCACAACAUUAAACGCGCCAAGAAAUAAGGACGCGGAUGAAGUCAGAAUUAACAGCAACGUAACGCGGGACAGGCGAACGGUUGUUACUGACGAGAACAUUGAAGAAUCGUCAGUAUCAAUAGAAAACGAUAAAAACGAGAGUACACUGAUUAAAAAUGAUAGCAAUGGAACACUUAUUGAAUACACGGAUGGGAAACCUAAUUUGAGGAACGUGAUCAACUUUUGGCAAAAAUUGGUUGGAAGGAACCUGGAGACAGCCACCGAAAGUUUUAUCGUUAAGAAUUACAGUGUUAAUGACACUGAUGUUAAUACUGAUAUUAACACUGAUGUUAAUACUGAUAUUAAUACUGAUAUUAACUCUGAUGUUAAUACUGAUAUUAGCACUGAUGUUAAUACAUAUAUUAACACUGAUGUUAAAACCGAUGUUAAAGCUGUUGUUAGAACUGAUGGAAACGCUGAUGUUAACGCUGUUGUUAACGCUAAUAUGAGCACUGAUGUUAACACUACUGAUCACGCUGAUGAUAAUACUAACGCAGAGGUUACUGAAAACUAUAUAACUACCAUAACGUCUAUCACCACGCCCAAGUACAAUGAAAACAAAAUAAACAUUGAUUCUACACCUCUUGUUAAUAAUACGGAGAGUAAAGAAGAUGUAUUGCGUGAAGAGUAUUUAAACAAUAUACUAUCGGAAUAUACUUCUAAAGAAGAGUCACGAAUGCAAAUAAUUACCACACCUCAACCCAAGGUAAUUUCUACGAUUGAUGAUGACACUGACAUAUUUAAUUAUCUUUUAAACACCAACGAUAAAGGUAGCCCCGAAACGCACAAGUUUAACGCGCGCCUGAGUAAGUAUUCAUACGAGUUCAAAUUUUCCAAAAUCAAAAUUCCCAUAGAUAACUUUAAACGGGAGAAUGAAAGUAAGAAAAUCCAACACAGUAGAGACCCGAAACCCGUGUUUUCACGUGACUUUGAAGAUAUAGAAAAAAAUGUAUUCAAUAAUGACGAGCCGACUACGACACGAUACUACAUUUCAAGAGAUGAAAAACAUGGGAAAUACAAUAGAGACAAGACAAUUGGUCGAAAUGCUUUAGGAAAACCGAAAUUAUCCAAGUUCAAAAUCACCGAUUAUAAAGAUGAAAAGCCCACGAGCAUUCUACCGCCCGAGAUGAUCAAGCUAAUUGCGGAAAAUGUGAAAGAUUUAAUAAUCAGAGAUUUACAUAAAGAUGUUAUUUCGACAACGAAAGGUAGGGAGUUCGAUUUACUGAACGUC